AUAUAGGGUGAAAGGAAACCAACGCUAAAUGAUUUUUAACGGUCAUACCACUUUUUGGCCUAUUUCAACACAAAAGGAAUUUGAUCCAGGCGGGUUGAGUGUUAUUGUGGAAAUUGAAACAGGCUCUGGCUUUUGUUCAAGGCGCUUUGCAAACCGAUAAUCCUUUGAGGCUUUCCUCCAAUUCCUAUUGAAUUUCACGAACAAUUAAAUCGUCAAAUGGCGGAGACGGCCAUUGUUACUUUUGUUAUGCUAAUUUCCUAUGAGAGCCGAUUCCCAUUUAACAUCGGUUUCGGAUUUACUUUGAGAUCGAAGCAAGCCUGAGGAACGCGAUCGCCUGUCGAUCGGAACACGUCUCCCGCUUAAACAUUCGAAUAUAAACAAGCUGACACAAACGUCAUUUGCUGCAGGAUAGAUAGACGUACGCCUUUCAAAAUACGCGUGUAGAUCUGCCAUCGAAAGAGCUGAAGAAGAUCGCAAGUCCGAGAGCAGAAAACCAACGGGCGAUUGCUGACAGCUUUGAAGAUAUGCCAAUAGAGGAAGCUGCCUAAAUCGAAGUUAUGUCAGACGAACAAUUGGUGGAGUACAAUCAGGAUCCAGAAAAUCAACCAGCAGCAGUCGAAGCCACCAGUUUCACCACAAGAAAGAUGAAGGCUGAAGAAACGCACAACAAAGACAUACAAAUUGUGCAUGACAAAGCAAAACAACGCACUAAGUAUGGGGGUGAAAAACAGGAAAACGGUGUUGGAAUUUCUAACCGGUCCGGUCAGCGUCGAGAGUCCGAUUUGCUAAUCCAAGGGCGCGAAGGCAAAAAUAGGUUGAAUAGUCGUAGACGAUCAAGUCGUUUUGACAAAGGACACCGAAAACGGUCACGGGAUAGGAGAAUGUGUGAAGACAGAAGGUCGUUGGAAAGGGAAAGAAGUAUGUACGAAACGCAAAAAGACUAUUUUUACUCGGAUGAAAGUUUGUCAGAGGAUAACGAUUCGUUGAGCUCUGCUGAUUCUGACUCAGAGGGAAGUGCAAGCGAUGGGUCACUUGACAGGGAGCAAGGGUGGGGGCGAGAAGAUGUUAGAUCAAAAAGAGACACCUUGGCAUAUAAAAUAUCACGAAACAGACGAGGAAAACACAAGAAAUCAGGCAAGAAACACCAUGCCCGUCAUCAAGAUAACGAUUUUUCAAAUCAUCAUUACCUGACUACAGAGAAAAAUGACGCAAGACCAAAUAGCAGACGCGUCUCAAGUCCGCAUCAGCCGGAGAGCACCAGUCUCCUCAAACAAAUGCUACGCAAUCAGGAUACAAUGGUGACAAAACUUGAUGCUAUGGUGAAUCUUUUGAGAAAGACUGUUCGUGCAUUGACUGCCAAGGAAAGAGAUUCACACUAUGGGAGGAAUGAUGACAUGCUAUAUUCUGGAAGAAAAAGACCACGUGGGGGGAUUUCUGACUCCGAUAGAAGCAGAGCCAAUUACGAGCCACAUGCGUCUGAAAAGAGGCCGAGGUAUCAUUUAAAGCAAGACUUGUCACCAAGGCAUGCUGACAGCUACCUUGGAGGAGACGUGGUCUCUUCUGAGAACGGGAUAAGACAUCGGAAUGAGGCGACACGUGGGAAUGAAGAAUUACAGCCAAGAAUAUCGUCUUAUUACUCAGUUCGAAGUGAAGGCAUGGAUACAAGGCAACAAGAAAGGCAACAUCCAACUGAGAGGUACAGAAGCAAUGACCCCACAAUAAUGUCGCGAGACUCUUUCAGUGGAGAGACUGAUCGUCGACCAAACGGCCCUUAUUCCACCAGCUUGGAAGAAAAUUUUGUUGUGAAUCCUCCUUCGCCAGGCAGAGUGCAAGUUUUACAAGAACCCGCCACUGGAAAGCAAAACUCAGCUUUAGCGACUGGUGAAUGUUUCCAAAAUGAUGAGCCACAGUACUGUCGUACUGAACAGCUUGACGGUGACGUAGAAGAAACGUCACACGCAGCUAGUUCCUCUGAGUUUACCAUGGGAAGAAGCAGCACAGAGUCGCAAAGAAGCCUUAAGCGGGACAGUAGGCCAUCAAUGGUUGAUCUAUUUAAAACGAACAACGCUUUGAUUCCACAAAAAUAUUAUGCACCAGCUAAUGUGUAUUCACAAAGCGGCAAAACGGUGGAGCCGAGUGAUGUGAAAAGCGACACUGUUCUUGGCGAGCAGGGGAUCACCUAUAUCUUUCAUGAACAGCCUUGGAAAGAGGACAGUCUCACAGAUGGUUUCAAAAGCCCUAAUUCUCGCAAGAGAGAAAGUCUUGAACCUACACCAUGGCUUGCUCGUACACUUACAACUGGAAGUGGCAAGGGUGACGGGGGUACCUUUACAGUGAAUGGCAAAGAGUUUGACAAUAUGAAACACGAGGUUGGAAAGCAAGCAGAGUCAACUGACAAUAAAAAGAUGAUGUCAAACGUCAAUCACCUGACGCUAAGUACAAUGUGUGUGUCGUCUGAAAUCGUCCAAGUUCUGGUUGUCACUCCUUCUGACCAAAACAAUGACAAAGAUGCACCAAGGAAAUCCAUGGAACGGGUUUUGAAUCAAUCAUUGGCAUUGAUGGGCUGUCUUCCGUUGAUUGCAGAGAUCGAUCUAUCAGUUGUCCAGAAAAUCUACCAUGGUAGCAAGAACUGUAUGUCGUUCAUAUACCGGCUUAUGGAUCAUUGUUACACUAGGGAGGAGCUAAUGAAAUGCAGAGUUGCUGGUGGGGUUAGAAAGUAUCGUGGAAAUAACACUGAAACAGAACAGCUCUGUCCGAGAAGGCUUCGCACGAUUUUAAAACUUGCCAGUGAUCUGUAUCCCAAUGAGUAUGCACAGCUGACAAAGGCCAAUAUGAUCAGGAAUAACAUAAACAUGAAAUGCAGAAAGACUGUUAUUCGGGAUAACCAAGAAAAUGACGUUAGAAACAACUCUGAAGGGUUUCAAGCUACAGCGACCAACUGAGAUACACUAUUGGCCUAUGCAGUUUACCCGCUGAACUUGUUCUGACGCAAUCAAGGCCCAGCCAUUUUGACGCCAGCUUCAACUUCGAAGCAUAUUUAUACUUGCUACAAAUUGUAUCUGACUAUGAGUCUUAAUAGGCUGUACGCCUUCCAUAGAAAACCGAGUUGUACACCGGAGAUGUACACCAUCUAGUUCUGGAAUUUUUGUAGUUACAUUUAGACGAUUUUUUAGGUUAAAUUUUCAAGAUACCUUGAUUCUGUAGGCAACCAUCUUUAAUUUUCUUGACUUUAAAGUUUGUUUAUUAGCCCGUCUAAUAACAGGAUAUUGACUAUUUCAAACCUAGACUUAACGUUAUAAGAAAAAGGUGAAACACACAUUGAUACAUAGCUAGAAUCAUUUUUAUUAACAUUUAUUUGGUUGUUAAUGAAAGAAACCAGACGAAGAAUCCGGCAAGGGGAGCACCUUUAGAAAAUAAUCAUAAAAUGCGGUUUAGCAGCUAAUGAAAGUGGCGUAGCUAACUCUUUCCCGUAUAACAUUUUAUUAAUAUUGUUUUUAGGGUCAACCUAUGUAGAUUCAACUUAUAUUAAUAAAACUUUGUUCUUAAGUGUAUCUUUGCUAUGCCAUUCCUGAGAAAAAUCUUCGAAAUUCCUGCUCUGUACAAAGGAAUCUUCCAUCUUAUCUGUCAAUCUUAUCGACAGACAAAACAAAGUAGGCCCACUGAAUUAUUUCUAUUAAAACAGCAUAAUUUGUGGCUCUUAUUUUGGAGUCUAUGAAACUGUAGCUACAGGGUAUCAAAGGUCUGGGAAACCGCAAUAGCCUACAGCAAAGAUAGGAUUGUUUAGAAGGAAAGACCAUUAACAAGAGCCUUUCGUGAUGGGAAGGGCCAGACAAUAUUUUAAGAGAUAUCUAUUGGAAAAGAAAACAUCAAGUGUAGUUAAAUCUUAGAUUGAAGUUUCUUCUAGCGAACAUCUGCAUUUAGCAACAGCCAGCUCCAAACAAAUUGUUUCACAUUUUGAUUUACAAUUAUUGGUCAAAUGAUUCCAUUUUACAAUUCCCACCCUAUAUUGGUCACAAAUUUAAGAUGCGUUUAGACAAAUUAAUUACAAACGCUUCAUUAAGGAAGGGGGGAAACAUCAAGUAGAGGGCAGCUUGAAAUUGCAGGAUUUAAAAAUUAAUUUUUAAUUAUUUAACUUCUGACAAUCAAUGGAAGUUGUUUUAACUUCUCAGUAUUUUAUGAAUUUUAAAUUAAAUGCACGUUGUUUUUAAGAAUGGGAGCUUGAAUGGGAUCUAGAAGGAUCACAAAACAUAACUCAAUUGGAAACUCAGUAUAUUACGACGGGAAAGUUCAGCGCUUCGAUUUUUUAUGAAUAGAAAGAUGAAUAGAAAAGAAGAAAUUAUUUUUACUGAAAUAGAAGCUCUUGAUACCGGUAAAAAAUACGUUGUAUCGAAUAACGAGGAGAGUCGCAAUUUGGUCGAAAAUGGCACCUGCAUGAAAUAAUUUUAAUUACCGAGAAAUAUGUGUCAAUUUCUGCAUUUGAAUAAGCAACCACGAGGGAGGGCAGUUUGUUUUGAUAAUCUUCCUGUCUCAUAAAAUUCUUGGUUAUUGAAAAGUCAAGUGAUAAUAUUUAUAAAUCAUAAAGUAGAUAUAAAAUAGUUUUUUUUAAAUGCCUUUAUUGUAAAUAGAAUGUUCCUUUUCUGAGAGUAUCACGAAACAGCAAGGAGAAAUGACUUGAAUAAAUUCAGCGCAUCUAGCGUUGCUAAUACCUUUCAUUCUUUCAUUUCGAAGAAAUAUUUAUUAACUUGUCAGAAAAUAGCUAAGGUCACCAGCGCAUUUCAUUUAAAAUGAAUUAUAAUUCUGCUCACCUCG